AUGUCCUGGCAGUUAAGCAUCGACAAACAGCUUACCAAGAUCUAUGCACGUCUGGAUUGUGGAUACACUUACCUGAAGCUGUCUGGUCUGUCGGCGGUCACGCAGACAAACCUCAAGAAAUAUGCGCAUGCUAUUCUCGUUGACCCGUCCCUGUACGGCUACCGCGAGAAACUGGCGAGCAAGUGUUUGUUGAUGGUAUAUCAAGUUUUGAUGCAGGAGAUCGUGAAGAAAGAACACUUCGACUUACCGGCCGGUAUUGAGAAGAAUCGGGCGCAUUGGGAGGAAGUCGAGAAAGAAGUCAGUACUCACCUGACGCAACGCCGUCGUGCUAUCAAAGAUGAGAUCAAGAAGGCGGGCCCUGACUCCGGCGUUGACAUCUACACCUUAGCUCGGAGGGUUGUGGGGCGAGAUGUCUACUGGACGGACGGAAAGACCGAGGGGAAGUUCUGGAUGGAGGUCGAUAAGGUGCUCGAUGCGAUCCGGACGAACGCGAAAGGGGAUAAGAUCGCUGCCUCGAAUGGCUUGAAACUAUUCAUCGACGAUGAUAUCAGCAAGUAUGGCCGCGGAGAUGGCGAAGAGCCAGACGCGAACGUUACCGUUCCUAACUGGGUGAAAUCAGUGAACGACGUGGUGCGCGAUGUCGGAAGGGCCCCUAGCAAGGAUUGA